GCAAAGAUGGCGGCGGGGGACAGCGAUAGCGAUGAGGAUUUUGUCACCUAUGGGAAGCCGUUGGAGCUGUACGAGGAGGGAGAGCAGCCCAAGAAGCCGACCCCCCUGCAGGAGCAGACGGUGAAGGAUGAGAAGGGGCGGUACAAGCGGUUUCAUGGCGCCUUCACUGGCGGCUUUUCUGCCGGUUUCUAUAAUACUGUGGGGUCCAAGGAAGGAUGGAGCCCUUCCACGUUCGUAUCGUCUCGUCAGGGAAGGUCCGAACAACAAGCCAGUCGGCCGGAGGAUUUCAUGGAUGAGGAGGAUCUCGGUGAGUUUGGCAUAGCACCAAAGGAAAUCAUGACAACAGAUGAUUUUGCUUCGAAAACCAAAGACAAGAUUCGGGAGAAGGCCAGAGAGCUUGCAGCGGUCACCGCACCUAUACCAGGGGCCACCAUCCUGGAGGACUUAAUCGCUCCGGCAAAGAUCACUGUUGGUGUUCAGCUACUGCGCCAGAUGGGCUGGAAAGAAGGGCAAGGCGUGGGUCCCAGGACCAAGAGGAAACUUCGGAAGCAGGAACCUGAACCUAGCAGGAAGGUUUAUGGCUGUGCGCUGCCCCCUACAGGUUCUGAAGGAUCGGAGGAUGAAGAAGACGAAUACCUACCCGAGAAUGUGACUUUUGCACCCAAAGAUGUGACCCCCAUAGAUUUCACUGUAAAGGAUAAUGUCCAUGGCCUUGGUUACCGGGGGCUGGAUCCUCGCCAGGCCUUGUUCGGAUCUCUGGACUCUCAUGUUAAUCUUUUUGGCGAUGGCUCUGAUCGGACGUUCAGUUCUCUGGGAGAUGUGCGGCACGGCAAAGGAAGGAAAGUCGGGAUUUCUGGACAGGCGUUUGGUGUUGGGGCUCUAGAGGAUGAGGAUGACGACAUAUAUGGUACGGAUUCCCUGUCAAAGUAUGACACGGUGCUCAGAGAGGAGAGCGGAGACAACCUGUUUGGAUGGACUGCACCAAAAGAAUAUAGAAACAAGAAAGGGUCUAUGAAAGAACUUCAAUACAUCGGCAAAGUCCUAGAGGGAUUCUCUAUAGCGACACAACCGUCUCCACUGAAAAAGGUUUACUCGGCACCUGAGUUACCAAGUGAUUACAAGCCGGUGCACUACUUCCGACCUGUGCUAAAUGCAGCCAGUCAGACUUCUGCUGCUUUGCAAGUCCUUCUGGCAUCUUCCAAGAGUCCUCCUGCUGAACCAAAGAAGGAUCAAUUACCUAGUAGACACCAACUCAACUCCUCCCAGAGAAGGGAGAUGCUGGGGGAGGAGGCACUUCAGGGUCCAGCCUCUGUCCUGAACCUCCUCUCCGACAAAGACCGGGAAAGGAUCAGAGAUGUAAAACAGACCAUAGAGGAGCAGAAGCUGAAAGCACACAAACUUGCACAGGAAGCUAUGAAGAACCGCUUCAAGGCUGCGUCUGAAGAUGAGGCACACAACAGGCGGCAGGACGAGUUGCUUGACCGCCGGCUUGUACCGCCAAACGCAACAGAAUUCCGACCCUUUGAGAGGAAUUCAGAAAAACAGAAACGAUAUGAAAUAUACAUCCGGAAUCUCCAUGAAGGACAGAAAGACGCUCUGGAAAGUUGCCUGGACUCCAACAUGACCGAAUGGGAGCGAUCUCGUGAGCGGGAAGAGUUCAUGCGGUCUGCCAUGUUGUACAAGCCGACCAAUUCAUCUCUGUCCUCCCGAUUCACCCGAGGAAAGUGCGAAGAUGAUUCGGACAGCGUGGAAGUCUCCAGGGAUCAAGAGGGGGAUAUGAAUGACAAGUCUGCAGCAGUGAAAAUGAAGAUGUUUGGGAGACUGACCAGAGAUCGGUUUGAAUGGCACCCGGACAAACUGCUGUGUAAACGCUUCAACAUUCCUGAUCCUUAUCCGGGAUCCACUUUGAUUGGGCUCCCCAAAGUGAAGAGAGACAAAUAUUCUGUGUUCAAUUUCCUGACAAUUCCUGAACCACAGCCAACGACGACCCGUGCAAUGAUACCAGAGAGAGCCCCAGAGACAUCAGACAACAGUAAGAGGAAGAAGUCCUCCAGGUGGGAUGUGUCCUCAGCAGUGGAGAAGAAGGACCCUCUGAGCACGUUCCUCAGCCAGGCACGCAGCGAGGUGAAGGAGGAAAAGGAAGAAGGGAAGGAGAAGAGAGCGCCUUCUCCUGUCUCGGCAACUACCUCCAGCCAGGUUUGGAUCUUGAUAAUGUCUUGUUAUUUUAAUUUAAAAAAUCAUUUGAUCAGAAAUGUAUUUAUUUAUGGGAUAAUCUGUUUAAUUUUUUUCAUAAGAUACAAAUACAGACAGUAG